AUGGCGGACGACAAGCAAAAGCCGAUUAUCUUCCUCGUCCACGGUGCGUGGCAUCGUCCCCUGCAUUAUCGCCCUCUCAUCCAUGCUCUCCAAGCUAAGGGCUUCACCGUUCUGGCACCUCCCCUGGCAAGCUCUGGAUAUGACGACUCAGUAGACGGCAAGACGUACCAUGACGACGUGAAGCGUGUUCAUGAUGUGCUGCUGCCCUUCCUGGAUGAAGGACGAGUUGCUAUUGGUAUCGGUCAUAGCUACGGCGGAGUGCCUCUCACCGUAGCCAUCCAAGGCCACACUAUCGCCGAGCGGGCAGCAAAGGGCCUCAAGGGGGGAGUUGCAUCAGCCAUCUACAUUUCAGCGACGCCGGUUAUCGCCAAAGACAUUUCCAUGUAUGAGUCUGUGGGAAACAGGUAUACUACAGACUGGCUCCACGAGGUUUCUGAAAAACGUCUCCCGCUUAAACCUGACAUCGCGCCGGAUGCCUUCUACUUCGAUGUUGAGAAGUCCAUCAGGGAUGAGGCGAUGGCGCAUGUUUGCCAUCAGAGCCGCGGACCCUUUGAGGUUCCCGUUGUCUGCACGCCAAAGGACCUUGACAUUCCCAAGACCUAUGUCGUGUGCCUAAACGACAAGAUCUUCCUAAAGGAUAUCCAGGCCUACGUGGCGGAUAACUGGGGAGCCAAGCCUCUUGAGAUCGAAUCGGGACACAGUCCGUGGUUGAUUGAUUCUCACAGAGAAUGGCUUGUGAAUCUGGUUGGAGAGGAGGCGGCUAAGAUCUAA